AUGUCUGGAAUUAAAGAAUACGCCCUCCUUUGCUUGGAAAACCCAUUGCUUGAUAUCCAAGCCCAGGGAGACCAAGCUCUUCUCGACAAAUACGGCCUCAAACCCAACGAUGCCAUCCUGGCCGAAGAAAAGCACAUUCCCAUCUACGAAGAUCUCCUCAACAAUUACUCUGCCAAACUAAUUGCCGGAGGCGGAGCCCAAAACACUGCUCGUGGUGCUCAAUACAUUCUUCCACCCAACAGCGUUGUCUUCCUCGGCGGAGUCGGUGACGACAAAUACGCCGCCAUUCUCCACGAUGCCGUCAAGACCGCCGGUCUCCGCGUCGAAUACCGUGUUGACAAAACUCAGCCUACGGGACGAUGUGGUGUUGUCAUCACCGAUCACAACCGAUCUAUGUGUACCGAUUUGGGCGCUGCGAAUCACUAUGAUUUGGAGCACUUGAAGUCGCCUGAGGUAUGGAAGUUGGUUGAGGGUGCUACGCAUUACUUUGUUGGUGGUUACCAUUUGACUGUGUGUCCACCUGCUAUCCAAGUCCUUGCUGAAGAGGCUGCCAAGAAUAACAAGGCAUUUGUCUUUUCCCUCUCCGCACCAUUUAUCUCCCAAUUCUUUAAGGAGCCUCUUGAUGCAACCGCACCAUACUGGGAUUACGUUAUUGGUAACGAGACUGAGGCAUUGGCAUGGGCAGAGAGCCACGGCGUCGAGUCUAAAGAUAUCAAGGAGAUCGCCAAGGCAUUGGCCGCUUUGCCAAAGGAGAACAAGAAGAGAGAGAGAGUGGCUAUUAUUACACAAGGAACUCUUCCUACUGUUGUAGCAGUCAACGGACAAGAUGUUAAGGAAUACCCCGUUCACGCCAUCGACAAGAGCUUGAUCAACGAUACUACAGGUGCUGGAGAUGCUUUCGCCGCUGGCUUUACUGCUGGUUUGGUUGCUGGAGAAUCCCUCGAGCAAUGCAUUGACCAAGGGCAAUGGUUAGCUAAGUUGAGCAUUCAGGAGUUGGGUCCCUCAGCUAGCGUGUCGUUAGAGACCCAAUAA